GCCCCAGGGCCCAGCGCCGGACUCCGGCCGGGGCAGCGGGGUCUCUGCCUGGCUCCCAGCAUGUCCGGGGCGGAGGUGCUGGACACCCAGGGACCUGCAGGCGCUGUGGAAUGCACGGGGGACGUCCCCUCUCUUAAAGAAAUCGAGCAGCUCCUGAACACCGGGCGGCCCUCUUGCAACCACGUUGAUGAAGUAUGGCCUAAUCUCUUUCUAGGAGACCUAGUAACAGCUCACAACAGAUUUAUUUUGUGGAAGAUGGGCGUGACCCAUGUUUUAAAUGCUGCCCAUGGCACAGCCUACAGCCACGGAGGCCAGGACUAUUAUGGAGCGACCAUUCAUUAUUAUGGUGUACCAGCCCAUGACCUGCCAAGCUUUGAUAUAAGCCAGUUCUUUUUCUCCGCAGCACAAUUUAUCCACAAAGCCUUGAACACUCCAGGAGCUAAAAUAUUGGUACAUUGUGCAGUUGGAGUAAGCAGGUCAGCUUCCCUAGUCCUGGCAUAUCUCAUGAUAAAUCACCACCUCCCAUUAGUUGAAGCCAUCAAAACAGUGAAGGAGCAUCGAUGGAUUUCACCCAAUCGUGGCUUUCUGAAACACCUGCGAAAUUUGGAUGUUCAGCUACGGCAAAAGAAGGACUGCUGACUGGGCAAACCUAUUUGCAUUCACUUUACUGAGUUUCAGCCUUCACAGUCAUU